GUCCAAAGACUGAAUGAAAGUACUCGGUUGCGAGGCAAGUCGUGGUAUCAAACCCCUGAAAGGGGAAUGCCGACUUCAGAGAAGGCCGCCCGGAAGAAAGGAUUUCGACUGUUGUCGACGCAGCUACGAUCUUCGAGGUUUUUACAAAAGAGACCAUAGAAUAGAAGAGGACAUAUUAAAUACUCCACUGGCGCUUGCCUACAUCAAAACGCUCAUAGCGAGACCAAUACAAAUUUAAGUAACGAACUCUCAACGAAC